UCGCCUCAGCGAGGGUGUGGACAUCAGGGGACGUAUUUGGGCGAUCUGCACUUAAAUAUUUCGGAGAAAUCUAAACUGAAAAAAUAGCUCGAAUCCACAGCAUUGUGGCAAGAGAGAGAGACAGAUAGGAGAGAGACAGAGACACAGUCCCUCUAGUCCCAAUUCUGAGCGUCUCUCCCCCUGUGGCCUCUUCCCCUCCCUCCUGUCACUUCCUGUGGACGAAUGCUCUCCAGAGCCCUCCGGAACUUCGCUCUCCGCCUGCCACGCUCAUCCCAGCCUUCCUGCUCCAGUACCACGCCGGCCUCCAGUGACCCAGGCUUCAGUUAGUAGAAACCAGAGGGGUGCCAUAAUGGAUGACAUCUUCACACAAUGUCGGGAAGGCAACGCGGUCGCUGUCCGUCUGUGGCUGGACAACACGGAGAACGACCUCAACCAGGGGGACGACCACGGCUUCAGCCCCCUGCACUGGGCCUGCCGGGAGGGCCGCUCCAGCGUGGUGGACAUGCUCAUCAUGCGGGGCGCCCGAAUCAACGUGAUGAACCGCGGAGACGACACACCCCUGCACCUGGCAGCCAGCCACGGGCACCGCGACAUCGUGGGCAAGCUGAUCCAGUGCAAGGCAGACACCAACGCAGCCAAUGAACACGGCAACACACCGCUACACUACGCCUGCUUCUGGGGUCAGGACCUGGUGGCUGAGGACCUUGUGACUAACGGGGCCCAGGUGAGCAUCUGUAACAAAUAUGGAGAGACUCCACUGGACAAGGCCAAACCACACCUGCGAGACCUCCUGAAAGAGCGUGCAGAAAAGCUGGGACAGAGUCUGACCAAGGUCCCCUUCAAGGACACCUUCUGGAAAGGCACCACUCGAACCCGACCCCGUAAUGGCACUCUGAACAAACACGCCGGCAUUGACUUCAAACAGCUGUCCCUUCUGGCCAAGAUCAACGUAAACCACUCUGGAGAGCUGUGGCAGGGACGCUGGCAGGGGACCGAGAUUGUGGUGAAGGUGCUAAAGGUUCGAGACUGGACCACCAGGAAGAGUCGUGACUUCAACGAGGAAUAUCCAAAACUCAGGAUAUUCUCCCACCCGAAUGUGCUGCCCAUGUUGGGGGCGUGUCAGUCCCCCCCCGCCUCCGACCCCAUCAUCAUCACGCACUGGAUGCCCUACGGCUCCCUCUACAAUGUGCUGCACGAGGGCACCAACUUCGUGGUGGACCAGACGCAGGCGGUGAAAUUCGCCCUGGACAUCGCCUGUGGCAUGGCCUUCCUGCACACGCUGGAGCCCAUGAUCGCACGCCUCUAUCUCAACAGCAGGAGCGUCAUGAUUGAUGAGGAUAUGACGGCCAGGAUCAGCAUGGCGGAUGUGAAGUUCUCCUUCCAGUGUCCCGGCAGGAUGUACUCUCCCGCCUGGGUCGCGCCUGAAGCCCUACAGAAGAAGCCAGAGGAGAUUAACCGGCGGUCGGCUGACAUGUGGAGCUUUGCCAUUCUGCUGUGGGAGCUGGUGACCAGAGAAGUGCCCUUUGCUGACCUGUCCAACAUGGAGAUUGGCAUGAAGGUGGCCCUGGAAGGCCUCCGCCCCACCAUCCCACCCGGCAUCUCGCCCCACAUUUGCAAGCUCAUGAAGAUCUGCAUGAACGAGGACCCAGCCAAGAGGCCCAAAUUCGACAUGAUCGUCCCCAUCCUGGAGAAGAUGCAGGACAAAUGAACUGCCCUUACCCCUCUCCCAGUACCCUCUCACCCACUCCAGAUAUACUGGGCCAGAUAUCCCCCACAGAUGCGGUGCAUACCAGUAUUGCCUUAAACUUUUACUGUCACUACUUACUGCUGCUCUCCACGCCACUGUAUUGUAUGCUUCUGAAGAGAAACCGCAUCCGUUGUUUCUGUUAACAUUAAUAAUUAUUUCGUUCUUACUGUUGCCUCUUGUCGAUUUGUCAGAACAAGAGCUUUGUUUUUAAUUUUUUUUUUUUUUUUUUUAUAAACAGUCCUGUCCCAAACCCCUCUUUAUAUUCACACGCACUCUUUCUCAUUUUUGACUGCUACUGGAGGACGCAGUCCUAAAAACAGGAGGGUCCCUCACUGACUGACUGAUUCACUCACUCGCUCACUGAGUGAGCGGCUCCCACAUAAGGAAAUUUUACCACUAACUGCCAUUACAGCUGAGCAGUGCAUAUGCAGUUUGUGUUGCUGUGUAGAUUCGGCAGCCCAUCCCUCGAUCUCUCGGACUGAAUAAGCCAUUGCAAUCAGUGUGAUAGAGGCUGUGCAGCCUCUUAAUUCUGGAUCGCUCUUGACGCCUGAAGAUGUAAAUAGUGUUUUGGAGCUGCAGAUCUGAGGGUUAGACACUGUAAAGAGAUGUCUCCCGUGGUUUUUCAGGGGAGGAAGGAUGUGACCUGCGGUUUCCUCACACAGUAUUAUUUCAGAUUGGGCCACGUUAAAGCUUUGUCCCAGCUGUUAAUGAAGUGAUGACUGCAGCUAAUGGUUCAGUUAUAUUAUUUCUUACUUGUUUAUUGGUUGCUCUUGUUGGUUGUAGUCCUCUUACGCUCUCCAGCUACCAAGCUUUCAGGAGUUGGCGCCGAUCCCCCAUCCCAGCAUCCUCCAGGAGGAGACAGGAACUGAGCAGUGAUGAAGCUUACUGUAGCCUCACAAAGACCCUUGCCUAUUCUCCACCACUCAUCUUUGGCUGUUGGAGAAAUACCAAGGGAGGCUAUCCUUAAGGGAAUAGUUCAUAAGUUCCCGUCCUUCAUGGGAAUUCAGAAGACCGUCAAACUGUGCAUCAAAGGGGAAGCUAAGGGACGAGGUCUCUUAGCGAGCUGAACCUCACAUAUUGCUGUACCCUGGUGUCAGCCUUUGAAUCACGUUGCAUUUCAUC